CGGGAGAGGCAGGCUCCUGGGCACCAGCGAGGCGUCGGGGCGCGUGCGCGUAGUGACACGGGGCGGCGGGCGCGCGGGCCUGGGAGGGGCACGUUGCCCGGCUCCUCCUCCGCGUCGGGCCUGGCGGCGACCGCCACUCCAACCACUCCGUACGUCCCAGCAAGAGGAGGAAGCGCGAGGCCAGCGCCGCCGCACGCAUGGAGCCCAACGUGCGCUACUGGAUCGCGAAACGCCGAGUACGCCCGGGCCGCGCGGCUGGGGGCGGGAGGGCGCGCCGCGUGGAAGCCUCCCGGCCCCGGCGACCUUGGCGGCCCAGUCUUUUGUUCAAAGAUUUCUUCAGUGGACAGAAUUGUUAGAUCCUACAAAUUUGAUCACUUCAAUUGAAAAAAUAGAAAAUUCGAGGCAACUAUUGUUUACCAGUGAAGGUGCAUACAGAUUCGACGUGGAUGACCAGAGGAUUAAAGAUGCUUGGAAGAGAAGCCUUUCAACCGUGCAUCCUGAUAGCAGCAGGCUGAUACCCGUUCUUUUCCGACCUGCAGCUUUCCUGCCUUUGACGGUGCCCGUGGUCUUUUUGUCGAUGAUGCCGGCAAAAGGGAUAAAGUCCAUGGUUUUACCCCAGGUUUCCUUAUAUGCUUACACUACGGGGUUCACUAUCGCCAAUGGAAACGCGAGCUACAGUCACAGUCUACCAGCAAAAAUAUUAUUAGGAGCAGGAGUAAUUGCUUCUUCGACCUUCUUUGGGUUAAUCCCUCAUUUGAUCCAAAUGAAGUAUUCCUUGGAUAACCCCUGGGUCAAAAGAGCCUUGCCGAUCAUCUUUCUUGCGCAAGUCAGUGGAAUGAAUGCAUUUGCAUCUCGGAGUUUGGAGCCCAUUCGAGGGAUUGACGUCAUGGAUAAAGAAGGCAAUGUCAUAGGGCGUUCCAGGAGAGCUGGGAGAAAGGCCAUUAGAGAAACAGCAGUCUCCAGGGCAGUGCUGUUCGGGACCUCAGCUUUGAUUCCUGAAGUCUUCACCUACUUUUUUAAAAGAACCCAGUUUUUCCUGCAAAAUCCACAAUCCUUAUGGACCCUAAAACUGUCCUGUACGCUCCUGGUGAUGGGGCUGAUGGUGCCUGUGUCUUUCAGUAUGUUUCCACAGAUUGGACAGAUAAAGUACAGCAAACUUGAAGAGGAAAUUCAGGCUUUGACAGAAGAAACGGAACUGUUCUAUAACAGAGGGGUUUAGGACCAGUUCUGGUGAUUCUGGCUCCUGCUUGAAGACCUUCCUCCCCUCCAGGUUUCAGUUCAAAAAACUCUGCCAAAUGUCCCCUGGAGCCCCAGAAGUGCCUCCCCAGCAGGACGGCUUCCAGGGAUUUUGAGGCUGGUGGGAGAAGUGAUGGGAAGGUGUCCUGAAUGACAUCCCCAUGAGGCUGCUGAGGGGACGGUGAGGAAUCGGCAUCAGCCUGUGAGAAGAUGCUGUGGGACUACUAAUGAACUGGUCUAAAGUUGAGUACUCAAACAGUGCGAUGAAGGUGCACCUUGUCCAGGACACGGGCAUUAAAAUGACAUCCCACUCCAGACAGUGGGCUCUGGAGAGCCCAUGAAGGCUCCAGCCCCAGGCAGCCCUCUCUCCCUCCGGGGCUCAUUCCAUGCUGGACAAACUGCGAGUCUCACCACACUGCCCGCUGUGCUGAGCCGGCUGCACACUGACAGGGACCCUCUGCCUCCGUUCACGUGAAAACCAAGGAUAUUGGCCAGCAGUGACCUCCUGGCUGGUCCCAAAUCAGCAAACCUCCUCCACUCACACCCAGCCUGUCCAUGUAAGGUCACCUCUGUGGGCUCAUCCCUUUGGGUCUCGGGACCUUGCGCUGUAGCCUCUGCAGGCCCCUCUGGCCUCAGCCUCCUUCUGUGCUGGCUCCUCCCCAGGAGCAUUUAAACUGCCUCAUUAAAAAAGCAAAAGCCCACCCACAGCCAGACCUUAAAGAGUGGUGCCCAGUGUCAGGCCAGCUCAUUCUGCUGAGACUGCUCUCGUCAGUGCUCACCCGGAGGCUGCUGCCACCCUGCUGGGCCUCUGACAGGCCCUCAUCCACUGCCUGCCACACUUGUCCCUGGGGAUGUCCCACAGACUCCUCACUCACUGGCUGUGUGGACAGGAGCCCUGGUGGCCUUUACCCACCUCCUUCCCUCCUGGUCAGUAGACUGCCCCAUCUAGUCCGGGGUCCAGAACACUCCAUGGUGACUGCUGCUGCCAAGCUCAGUGCAAGUCCCCCCUGCUGGUGCUCCUCGCCUGCUUCCUGGUGUGUGAGGAUCAAGUCCAAAUGCCUUGCCGUGCCCCACGGGAGCUUCUGCCACUCCCUCUCCUCAUUCUUUCUCCACGGGCUUCUCUGAGCUCUUCCCUCUGCUCUGGGCUUAGACAGUCACUGCCUCCAGGAGGCUUCCAGGAUUCCCAGGGCUGAACUAGGUGCCCCUGCCAUGUGCUCCCGUAGUGCCCCACAUUUCCUAUAUGGGAUCUAGGUCUGGCCACAAUGAAAUACAACCUCUUGGCUGAUCCUAUUUUCCCAGUAAGGCUUCAUGUGCCUGCUGAGCAGGGACUGUCAUACCAUCAGGGUAGCUCCAGGAUACAGCCCAGGGCAUGGCACAGAGGUGUCCAAACACUUGGGUACUGGAGCAGUGUUUCCAAAUGCCCUACCCAGACCACCAAAGAUUGUUUCUGUGACUCAGUUUUCCCUUGGUCAGAAUAACAGUUACUUCCAAACUUAGUAAAAAGGAGUUUCACAGAAGCCUAAACGAUAAAAUCAGUAUCUACCAGAUGGCUUGUCUGGCCAUAGGCCUACCUUAAAUUAAGGGUAGAGAUCAAGAUGGGCAAAAGAGCUGGGCGCAGUGGCACAUGCCUGUAAUCCCAGCUACCAGGAGGCUGAGUCAGGAGGAUCACAAGUUUGAGGUCAGCCUGGGCAACUUAGUAAGACCCUGUCUCAAUAAAAAGAGCUG